AUGUCUGAUCCGAAGCCCAUUGAGCAGAUUCCUGUCGAGGAACCUGUCGUUGCGACAGCCGAGUCCUCGGAAACUCCCGCCGCCCCUAUUGUUGAGACCAAUGGCACCGAUGCCGCUACCAAGCCUGAGGAACCCGCCAAAGAUGAGCAUGUGAAGACUGAGCAACCUGUCAAGGACGCAAUCUUGCCAACUACUACCACCACCAUCGCCGCUGAGCCUCAAGUAGCUAAGCCCGAGGAGCAAAAGCCCCAGAAGCCAGAAUACGUGACCAAGAUCCCGUCCCUGGGCGAGUUCUUCGACCAUCUCCCCGCCAUUCUCACCAAGACUGGCCACGAUGAGAUGUGGGGCGUUCCUCUCAAGGAUACCGCCGAUAUUCCCACCGUCAACGUGCUGAUCAAAUUCCUUCGCGCCAACGAGGGAAACCUGGCAGCUGCCGAGGACCAGCUUCGCAAGGCGCUCGAGUGGCGCAAGCAGACCAACCCAUUGGCACUGAUCGAGUCGGGUCGCUAUAGCGCCACAAAGUACGGAGGCCUGGGAUAUCUGACUACCUACGAGGAGGAUGGUCGUCCUCUGGUUUUCACAUGGAACAUCUAUGGCGCAGUCAAAGAUAUGAGCGCGACCUUUUCGGACUCGGACGAAUUCGUCAAAUGGCGCGCAGCCCUCAUGGAACUUGCCGUCCAAGACCUGAAGAUGAAGGACGCUACGACCGUGAUCGACUACGAUGGUGAAAAGGACCCUUAUCAGAUGGUUCAAGUUCACGAUUACCUGAAUGUCAAGUUCUUCCGUAUGGACCCUGCGGUUCGCACCGCCACGAAGAAGACCAUUGAUGUCUUCUCCACCGCGUACCCUGAGCUGCUGCGCGAGAAGUUCUUCGUCAAUGUGCCCUCCAUCAUGGGCUGGAUGUUCUCUGCUAUGAAGCUUAUUCUGAGCCGCAACACGACCCGCAAGUUCCACCCCAUAUCCAAUGGCGCGAACCUCGCUCGUGAAUUCCCUGCUGCCAUUGCGGAUAAGCUCCCUAAGAUCUACGGCGGAAAGGGUGCGGACCUGAAGGAUGAGGCUCGCACAGUCCAGCUUAUUGAAGACAACGAAGUUAAGAAGCAGGAGCCUAAGGAGGAGGCAAAGCCUGCUGAGGCUUCUGGCGACACAAAUGCUGCUCCUACUGAAGCUGCCGUGAGCUCCGAGGUAAAGGAAGCUUCCAAGGAUGAGCCUACUGCUGCUGAGCCUGCCAAGGAGACCCCCGUCAAGGAGGAACCUAAGGAGGCCAUUCAGGAGCCAACCGAGGAGCCAGCUGCGGAGAAAGUCAAGGAGGAGACUAAGUAA